AACUCAGAGGUUGAUGUAGAGAUGAAAGUUAAAACAUGGUAAGACCAUCAACAAUUUUUGCUAGUGUGGAGUUUCACCAUAUAUCUCUCGGGGGAAAAACUCAGUGAUCCUUAAUGAUUUCCAGUGUAAGUCGGACAAGCUACCCGCCGUUAACAUCGCACUUGACGAAUGGCGAGGGUAAAGCGCUGUGAAAUGUAUAUUCAUUUUUUUCCUACUGAUAAAGGUGUGAUGAAAUUGCAUAUCGAGCAAAUUCUCCAGGAUUACCCAAAGUUUUACCGAAAGAAAAAUCCAAGUAAUAAUCUUAAUAAUGUAAAUAGUAAUAAUAAUAGUCUUAGCAAUAAUAGUAAUGAUAAUGAUGAACAUAGUGAUAAAGAUAAUGUUGAUGACAAUGAUUUAUUCGACAAUACGACCGGUUAGCUCUUCUCUGUCGGUUUAAGUUUAAAAAAUACACCAGUUUUCAAAAUGAAAGUUUAAUUUACGUUUUAUCCAUUUCAAAGAAAAAUGAAAUAUUUCCUAAUAUUUUUCUAUCAGCUCUGCACCUACGGACAUGAGGUACAGCCUAGACCUUUGUGUCGAGGAAACUGAUUUUCGUCAGAAGAGGAAAAAGGUUGUUUUUGCAGAAAUGAAAAAACUGCUCGGAGAACGAGGACCAAAAGAACUUGAUGAGGUAAAUACACUCUUGAAAUUAAGUUAACAAAAUGUAAAAUGUACCACACACCAAAAGAGAAGGCAAAAAAGAUUCUGAGAGGAAAAUGAUCUAAAAAAUUUGGGAAAUACCAGAAUGAUGAUAUACAGAAUAACUUGGUAUUAUCAACCGAGUUGAUAACGUAAAUUGGCCAGCAAAAAAAUUGGAGUUUAGAGCGUGAGCUCCUUGUCAUAGCGAAUGAAGUUAUUACGUUAUUAACUCAGUUGGUAAUACCAAAUUACCUUACUUUGAUGACAUACAGAGUUUGUUUAAUCAUAAUUAGGUGCCCUCGAUUGCUAUUCUUGGUUCAGGAGGAGGAUUUCGUGCCAUGGUUUCUCUCAGUGGUGUGUUCUGUGCUCUAAAAGGAGAUGGGUGUGUUAGACUGUGCCAUGUACACAGCAGGACUGUCAGGGUCUGCGUGGUAAGUCCCGGGAUGAGGGGGAAGGUAAGAUUUAUAGGAAAGCACCAUUACUAAGCUUAUGGCGUAUAACUUGCUUUGGUAUGUACUAGGGUUUGAAUUCUGGGGGUCAGGGCUGUCGACUGGCAUGUUUGUCAUGUUUUAGUGAGAGGUAGGGUAGGCUUUUAGAAAAAUGGGUGGUUUAAUCCUACCAAGGAUUCCGUUGAGUACCCUCUUGCUCGGCCCUUCUCCCCUUGGGGUCAGAAGUGAACGUCUGUCCCACAUUGGUGAAUUAUUAUUAUCACAUUUUGCUUUAAUAGCAUCUAAUCGUCAAUCUCGAACAGUUCAAUCACUAAAUAAAGAAACUUUAAGUAUUGAAAAAUAUAAGAGAAUUGUCCUUCUGAAAAUCCGUUAGAGCUAGCUUUACUGGAUAUGUAAAGAAAAUCUGUAAGAAUAAAGAUCAAAGGACAAGAACGGCUGACCUUGUAUCAUACUUCUUGAGAUAUUUCGCGGAUACAUUCAAAAUCUCACUAACGAGUUCCAAGAUUUUAUCGCUGGUUGUUUUCAAUCGACAUCUCAACAUAAUUUUGAUAAAGCAACCGUCUUCUGUCGGAAAAUGUUGCAUUUGCCUCCCAAAAAAGCCAAUGAAGAAGUUCGUAACCAUUUACGACAAAAAUUUUUAAACAUUCUAGGUAUCUUUCCACCUUAUAUUCUCAUCCUGAUUGGCCGAAGGCCCAUCCAUAUACAAUUAAACAAGAUUUGAGGAAAAAUGUGAAAGACAACUGGAUGUGGUUGUUGCUAACUCCAUCAUGGAUGUACAAUCACGUGAACAUUAUCCUGGACAAGAGAUCACGUGGACAGCCCGUCAGUUUCACAGAUUUCUUUGGUUAUCUGGUUGGAGAAACUAUUCUCAAGGACGUAAGUACCCAGAUCCCUCUCUUUCAAGCAUCCUUGAUACUUGCUCCUUCUCGAGGUGAGUUAUAAUUAGACUGAAAUAGGCCUAAGUUUUGAUAAGUGUACUCCUGUGAAAAUGUCGCGCAUGCGCAACACCUUAGUAACACCGUGCGAAUACAUCCCGCUUGCUUCCUAAUGAGCAUAACUUCGAAAAUAGGUCUACUAUUUGCGUUGUGCAUAAAUGCAAGCUUGUUAUUGAAAUCUUUUGGUAUAAACUCCUAAAUAAAGUCUGCUAUCGUCCGACGAAACACAUUUGAUUAUUACACAAGUUUUGACAUUUUCAUUUCCUGCAGUAAUGCUCACAAGUUCAUCAUUUGAAAAAAAGAGUUUUAUUUCUAUCGUGAGAUCUCUUAAAAUGUUCUCUAUUAUUUUAAAGCGGAAAAAUGUUCCAAAAUUGAGCGAACAGCGCCAUGCAGUGAAAGACGCCGCGGUUCCAAUGCCACUGUACACCUGUCUGCAUGUAAAGAAGAACGAAGUUGCACAGAACUUUUGCGGUAAGAAAAUCAGAAAGAAUAUUAUUACUGUUAAGGAGAACAUGCUGCCUAAGACUAUUCACUCUCCUUAGUUCCUAUAAUUACGCCCACACCAAAGAUGGGCACCUUAUAGCAGGUUAAAAUAAAUACAUCUAGAUUCAUCUUUCAAUUGUCAUCUAAAACCCCUGGAUAAUCAAACAUUUUGUGUACUGAUAGAUUGUUUCCUCUACCUGUAGAAUGGCUCGAAUUCAGCCCCUAUGAAGUAGGGAUGACAAAAUAUGGCACGUUUAUGAAGACUGAGAAUUUUGGAAGCAAGUACUUUUGUGGGAAAUUGGUCACACCUUACCCUGAGCCUCCACUGCUUUACUUGCAAGGUAAGCACUAAUCAAGCACAGCACGUGUCGUGGGAUGUAAAAUUCAUUGAGCAAAAACUUACAACAUCAUCAAAUUAAAAUAGGGAGUUUGAGGGAGAUUGUUUUCUUAUACGUUUCGCGAUAAGUUUUCUUUUAGUUGAAGUAAGCAGCUGAAGUUUCUCUCUUUACUUUGACGCUGAUGCAAAAGGUGAAAACAUUUAGAAUUUAUCAUGUUAUUGUCAUACGUUCAUAUAUACAAGGCUAAAAAAAUAUGCACCAUUUCGCUUUCUUUCUAGGCAUCUGGGGUAGCGCUUUCACCAUUAUGCUUCAGCGAGUUCUGAACGAAGGCCAGUCACCGACCGACACAGUAAAAAACAUGAGCAACUCUGGCGACUUGAGACAAGAGUUACGUAAGUAAUUAUUGUCUGGUCAUUUGUUAAGAGGAUUUAGACAAGUUUACGUACAUACUAAGUGGCAACUUUUCCUUUCUUUUCCUCAAUAGAGACAGAUGUUUCAGUCGACCCCAUGAGUGAGGACGAAGAAAGCGACGAUGAAAUGGACAUCGGUGCUAUGGAUGGGAAGGAUUUGAAAGAUGAGGACUCUGGAGACCCAGGCUUCCUGAAGAGUAUAGCGGAAAGCUUCGUGGAAAAAAUAUCCUUCCUUAAAACGCGAUCUGGUCGAGCAGGCCUGGUGCACAACUUUUUACGCGGCCUUCAAUUGAUGACCGCCCCUGUCCCUUCGGUCGGUUAGUUUUAUCUUCUUUUUUUUAUUUCUAUCUUUUUUUUUUCAUUUCUUCAGUUAUUAUUUAAUAGACUGCAAUUUGCAGAGGGUGCUUGAAAUUUUUAUUGCAGUGUUGCCUUCAAAGUAUUCUUUAAUGACAUUAAGCCAAGUUAAUACCCCCACCCCACCAACGCAACACCACAGUUUCUGUGGAAACUUACCCCUUUUACCUAUGAUACUACUUGUUUGUUUGUUUGUUUGUUUUUUUUUUUACAGAAGUUAAAGAGGUUGCUGACACCGCUGACCAUUUAGCUGUUAAGGCUAAACGCAUUUACUUGGUUGACAGCGGGCUCUUGUUCAAUUCACCAUAUCCGCCUCUACUCAGACCUCAGCGGAAUGUCGACAUUUUCUUGUCAUUUGACUUCAGUGCUCGAGAGAAGGACAACGAGCUUUCUUUCAAUGUAAUUGAGCAGAUUUAAUUGUUUUAUUAUUAUUAUUAUUAUUAUUAUUAUUAUUAUUAUUAUUAGUAUCAUUAUUAUUAUUAAGUUGAUGAGAUUUAUGACAGGGAGUGUAUACUACCGCGUUCGAUCGCCAAAGUCUAAUCAGGGAUCCCUCCGCCUGGUUCAUCCGUGGUUUAAUGAAAACAAAUAGUGAAUUUUCGACACUUAACCUUUUAACUCCUAUGAAGGAAUAAAACAGAAUUCCUGUUUUUAAUAUCAGGGAGACAAGUGAUGAGAAUAAUGAAAAACUAUCAAUUAUGGGAUUAAAAGUUGAUCCAAUAUCAAAUCCUCCAAACUAACGACACAAGCAUCGCGUGGCAGGUAGAAAGGAGAAAUACCGAUGAGAUCUUGGGAGUGAAAGCGUCAAGGAAAGGCUAACUUAUUUAUCUUUUCCCUCGUAGGAAUUAUUAUAUUUGGAACCAUAAUUUGCACCUACAAAAUCUAGCUUAAGUUCUCAGCUCAAGGAUUGAACUAUUAAAUUCAGUCCCAUCCAACUCAUAUUUCGCUUUUUUAGGAGCUGUAUUUGGCAGAGAAAUGGGCAAAAGCAAACAAUUUGAAGUUCCCUCCAAUUAACGCCAAGGAACAGUUGGAAACGGACGGAAUCAAAGAAUAUUACGUGUUCACAGAUCCCGCGGAUCCUACCUGUCCAGUUGUGGUGCAUUUUCCUCUCGUUAACAAAACUUUCAAGGAACAAAGCAAACCAGGUUUCUGCGGAUAUUUGACUUAUAGUUAUGUGUAAAUCAGUGAUUUUUCACAAGGUUCAAAGCUGCGUUUGCUUUUGUUUCCUCCUUUUUUCCCCAUAACGCUUAUUUUUUCUCCGCACCAAUUGCACCCUCGAUCAGUGACGGCUAAAUGAAUCUGAAAUUAUUUCGUCGACUCACCAUAGAUUUUUCAUGUUGAAGCGGGACCGCAGUUCGUUCUCCUAUCUUAAGCAAUGUACGUCCUUUCUUCUCCGAAAAUCUUUGUAGGCACAUCGGAUUAUACGAACUAGCGCUGAACGCCUUACAUUGUUUUAUUUUUCCUCAGGAGUUCCUCGCAAAACUGCCGAAGAAAAGGAGUUUGCAAAGUUCUCCGUGUUUGAAGAUCCUGAUAACUAUUACAGCACGUUCAACUUUCAUUAUCCUACAAAGCCUUUUGAUCGUCUGUCAGCAAUGACAGAAUUCAACACUCUGUUGGGUGAGCAGGCCAUCAAGGACGUCAUAGCUGACUGUGUGACGAAGAGACGGGGAAAGUAACCCAAUGUGCGGCCAGCGGAUGUACGCAAAAUUCAUGACUGUGGAUGGCGAGGAAGGACUCGAGUGAAGAACUGCAAUUUUUCUCCGUUAGGGAUAACAGUGGUGAAAAUCGCUAUUGAGGUGUCGGGCUUAUUCUAAUGUGUAUGUAAUUGGACAGCGUUUAAGUUAGGGUCAUACUUAACUGAGGGAAUAGAACUAGAAAGCGUAAGUAGGAACCAAUUAAGCUCAUUUUCAUGGACUGUACACCAUAUUUCUGUAUUAAGUUGUCUGCUAUCGUAUCUAGCUUGAGGUGAAGGGUGUGAUGAGGGUUUUAAUGAUAAGAAAUCUCUUACGGUGUGUCUUAUCAAUAAAAGGUAAUUCAGGAA